CUAUCUAUCGUAGAUCUAUGACUCCUUGAUCUACAAUGUAGCUCUGCAUGAUUGUAGUUUUCCCCGUGCGACAUUUGUGAGUGACUGAUGAUGACCCUUUGUGUAACUCGAACUCUUGUGAUAAUGCGGAAGUACAAAGUAACUCAAUGAAGUGAAUGAUUAGUUGACGAGAGUGAACUCGAGUCGGACGGAAGUCGUUGCUCAUCGGAGGAGCGUUCUCUUGCGAGUCCUGGAGAGUGUGUAGGGAAAUAUCGUAGAUACGGACAGUCGUGUUACUCUCGCCCUGAGCGCCGUGCUUGAUCCGUUGGUCGGAGGACUUGGCGAAUGGAUGACAGCUGGAUAUGAGAGGUGCCGCCACACUCACCUUGGCGAUUCUGGCCUUCGUUUCUGGCUGCACAUCAGCGGAAACCUGCGGCUGUAGCGGCUAUGGAUGCUGCACGCAAUCUGGACCUCUGCUCUCAUCACCUAUCGGAAGCAGUGGACUGGUUGUGAGUGAGGAUGAUGGCACAAAGUCAGCAGUUCUGUCCGUGUGCAUCAAAUCUACCAUCAAGCCAGCACCGUCGUCAGCCAAUGCGGUAGUGUGGAGUACUACGGCCAGUGGAGGUAUAGGCAGCGGGAAGGCGAUCACCUCGCUGAGUGACAGCAGUGGCUGCUACUGGUCCAAUCUGACAGUGGAUAUCAGAGUAGUUGCUAAAGCAGUGGGGGUUUACACUGUCAACGUCACGACAUCUGCUGCAUCUUAUCAGAAAACUAUUCCUCUAAGAUUCGAAGGGAUGCCGGUGAUAAGUGCCAGUACCAAUUCCCAUUUGAAAAGCAGGGCAGUGGAGGAAGGGGAGGGGGCUCAGUUCGUGUGCGUAUUCCCACAGAAGAUCAACGGUGGUGUAACGUGGACACAGCCUUACAACCGCACACAUGGCGACAUCACCACUGAACAGGUGACCGAUGACGAGACCAGGACGACACUGACUAUCCCAGUUGUCACCACAAAUAUGACUGGCUUGUACUCAUGUUCGGCUUACAAGGCGAGCGGGGACCUGUCUUAUCUCACCUUUAACCUCACCGUUAGCCAAAAGAACAGCGCGAAUGCCUCCACGUCCUACACUCUCUUCAUCAUCGUCGGCGCGGCAGUGGGCGGCACAGGCCUCUUGCUGAUCAUAGUCAUGACGAUGGCUCGCUGCAUGGGCAGCAGCAAGAAACCAAGCCACCGUGGCCCCAGUAACGAUCUCCAGUGUCUGGAGAGUCAGCCGUCGGAAGGCUCUCGACAGGACGGCGACGGCAGCGGUAGUGGUGCUCAUGAGGCGGCCGGUAUUCGCCUAAGCCCAAUGCCGCUGGAACACACCACCAGCCUGGUAUCGCUGCAGCCCAAGUACAAUAACGACUACUCACCGCUGAGUGACCGCAAGGAACCGUCCGUGCACCAUCGUAAGCCGGGCGGUACUGGAAAAGCUGCACCGGACGUGGACGACGGCCCACAGCUGAUAGAGGAGGGCUCCUACAGUCUGUACGCAGAGAGCCAGAUGACCAACAAUCUCGCGAAUAUUGAUAAACUGGCGAACGGCAACAAAACCACCGACGCCGGCGCCCCGGACGACACCACCAGCGUAGCCUCUGGGUCGUACACGGGAGCAUAUGAGGAAUUCCCGCCGGCUGGGGAACCGACGGGUGACAAGAAGAUUGACGGCGUAGAAGAUGUAGCAAUGUACUGCGAUUACUCCGAGAUGAAGAAUAGCGCGUCAAAGUCGACCUUGAAACAGCUCGGCGCCGAUCAGGUUGUGGCGUUCAAGCAGGACACCGAGGGAGACGCAGGCGAUACUGAUAGUUGUGGCGGAAUGUACAGUGAACUGCCGAGCGAGUUCGUGGCAUCCAUAGUGGGCACGUCAGCCUCCAGCGCCGCUAUCACACCCAGUGCCAACCCACCUGCACUGCCACCGCAGAGGUCAAUGGUACGCAAGAGCAGUCAGAACGACCUGUACGCCGACGUGCCCCAGGGAUCGCCCGGGGGUCCCCUUGGCAACAACAGCAGUAGCGCUGUUGGUGGUCAUCGGCACCUGAAAGCUACCAAUAGCCUGGACUCCGUGCUGCAGGAGGCCGAGGAUCUGUACGCGGACGUGUCGCAGCGUGACCGAGCGCCGUUGCCAGGGACAACGCCGACGGGCCGGUCGUCGAGUCUCAAGACCAAGUCGGACGGCUGGAAAUCCGCAAAGGCCGCACUGCUGGGACACGCCCUGCCCACGUACGCCGUCACGGAGCGUCGUCAUGACGACCACGACGACGGCGAAGGUGAAGGCGAAUACAGUGACAUAGGGGAGCGUGCGAGAGCUGCCUUGGUGGCCGGCCCAAGCAAGGUGUCGUCGCCGCUGCCAGCUACCCCCAGCAUUGAUCAGUGGGCUGCGGACGCCGAACAAGGCAUGUACUCCGACGUGCCAGCCGAGCUGAAAUCCGGCACCAACGCCACCGCGAAGAACAUCCCGUCGUACGGUAUGUCGGAUGGCGGCGGCACUUACCAGGAUAUACACACCAGCAGGAAAAACCGCAAACCGUCCCCGUCUACCAAUGCCGUGGGCUACACCAGCAGCUUGAUGAACUUGAUAGACGAAAGCAAGAGCACCGCAUCGUGCUCGCAGCAAUCCGUGCGCACCAGUAAGAGCCUGCUGUCGUGCGGUUCAAACAAUAUCCUGGACGACUAUAGCACGGUCAUAAGGCCUGGUAACGAGAAGAACAGCCCAACAGCCGGUCGAAGACAAGACGGAAACAUUGGUGACGUUGAUGGUGAUGGAAUGUACGACACGAGCGACCAUGCAAAGUCCUCCAUGCCGCCCCUGGAAAAUGACCUCUAUGCGCACCUGGGCAACGAGUUGAGUGGGAAACCCGAUAGUUCGGAAGUGCACGAGGACGAGUACUCGACGCCCACGCGUCUGCUGGCUCAGACCCAGUCCGCCAUGUCCGUGUCUGCCCUAAUGUCGGACUCAGCCGAACAGAGCAACAGAUCGGUGGCCGUGGACUCGCCGGAUCAAAUGACCUACUCGAUGCCGUCCAUCGUCAGACGCAAGAAGAAGGAGAGCGCCAGCCCGGAGGUUCUCUCCCAGAAGCCAAGCAGUCUGGCUGCCAGUCCUGCAGCCGCUGCAUUUGUUGUUGGUGACGAUGUCACCGGAAGAGACGUGUACGCACAAGUAAACUCCUUCCCGAGAGUCGGCACUAUGCAGCAGAAAUCCAACCUCAAAGGGAAGUGAUUUCUGCCAUGCCGCUACGCUGCAACAUAGGUUUGUCAAGACCCUCGGUCCUCGUCGCUGCACCGUUUCCCUUUCAUAUCGCUUCUACUCUCAGUGGCACCUGUCCGUCUAUAUAGUACAAGUUCCGCCACGUUAACACGGGCAUUAACAAUGACAUUAACAUUGACACUGGCAUUGACAUUAACAUUGGCAUUGACAUUAACAUUAACAUUGGCAUUGACAUUAACAUUGGCAUUGACAUUAACAUGGACACGGCAUUAGCAGCUUUUAGACUACGCGACAGCUACUUGUUUCAAACAUGUGAAUUUGACGGCUGCUGGUUUUUUUACUAGAAAAUAUCUUUCAAAUAUCUUUCUAUAAAUCAAGCAGCAUAAUUAUGCAGAAAAGCCUCGGCUUACUCAGUUAGUUUCUAUAAACCUGAUUGCUUCACUUUACGUAUUGGCCUGCCGCAUCAAGCUACAUGUAUUGUCUGUACCUUGGCAGCCACGAUUGCAGAUUUGGCCCCGGGCACUGCUUCUACUGUUUCUGGUCUCGCUCUCAACUAGGUUCUAUGAGAGAGCUUGCUGGCGACGAACAGAACGCUAGCAGGUUCAUUUUUUUUGCCUGGCCUCCGCAUACUUGUCACGCGCGCGCGCGCGCACACACACAUACACAUACAUACAUACACACCAAUAAACUCGGUAUGGACGCACUUGACGUUCACUUGACCCGGCAACACAUGCAGUUGCGGACGCUCUUGACUUGAUAUAUUAUUUAUACACUUUUGUGUUUGAUACGCUUUCUCUCCCAUACCUUUCCAUAUUUCCUUUGGAAACUUUGAAAUCAAUGAUCAUGUCCCGUUUGCUUUUCAACCUUGCCAACCUAUUCCGGUUUUGUUUUCAACUAACUUGAAGUUGACACAGUCGAAAGCAACCUGUGAACUGAGCAGCAAGCCAGUCAUUGCAACAGAGCUGAUGUCUGUGCUCUGGAUCGUCAG